AGGCAGAAAUACCGCCCCAGCAGCACAGGUAACUUACCUCUUUUCCCUGUUGGCGGGGUUUGAUCAGUCUGCUGUUGCAGCACGCACCGUCCAACGAGCUGGCUGCUCUACGGUUUUCCGAAAUCCGGGAUGUGUUUUUUUGACCGGCUCAGCUGAAGUAGUUUGACUAGAGAUGUGACCCCCCCUUCCUGUUUCAACCGCGCGCUUUCCAGAUUUCAAGUCAACCUGAAUCUUAGAUUUCAAUACUACACCCUAGGUUUUGUUACCAUUGUUAGUUGAAGCUACUGAUAUCGUUCCGCGCUGACCGACGCAGCUAGCCAUUGUACGCAUCGUCCAAGUUUACUCCGUUUUAUGGGCUUCCUUUAAUGAAGCGUGGAUUUUCAGCGAUGGCGGAUUCCGGUGCCGGUGGUAGCUAUCAGUUUGGUCGGCAACCGCAGCAGUGGCAGCAGCAGCAGCAGCAGCAGAACCACCAGCAGCAGCAGCAGCAGCAGCAGCAGCAGCCGACACAGCAAUACCAGCGUCCAUAUCAGUAUCACCAGCAACAGCCGCCGCAUGUACAGCAACCCCUGUUCCCACAAUCCGGCGGGGGACAGCGCUUACAGGCGAACAACUUCGCGAGCUCCCAGGCGAACAUUCAGGCGAACAGGCCUGGUAACAUGCCCCAAUACGUGCCUCCAAAUCUGCAGGGGAACAUUUUGCCAGGCAGUCAAUUUCAACGUCCAAGGGAUAUGCAGUUUCCUCUCGCCCAGUUUCCAGGGCCAGGGAAUGGGCAGAUGCCUGAGAAUCAUUUUCAAAGCCCAUAUCCGCAAAAUGGUCAGAUAGGGAGCAUACCUUACGCAACCACCAGUACUUCUCGUGCUGCUACCGCUUCUGCUGCCACUGCUGCAGCUGCUCCUACCACCACUACUGCUGCUGCUGCUGCUGCUGGUGCUGCUGCUGCUGUGUUUGUUCCCUCUGCUCCGCCAGCUUCUGAAGUUACUGCUUAUACCGGUAAUACUGUGCAUCCCGGCGGUGUAGCUGGCGCACCCGCCACUAAUCCCCAUGUUUUCAACUCGGGCGAGCGCACCAACGGCCAGGAUCCCCUGGCAGCUGCUGGCGACGGCCAGGAUCUCGGGGAUGGUACACAGGUCGCAGCAGGGUUAGAGGGAGGCGGCAGAGGCAGGGGGAGAAGGCGGAGCACAGGGGGAGGCAACAGGGGCAGAGGACGAGGAAGAAGAGAGGCUGCUGCGAGGGAGGGUGCGAGGGCGAGGGGGUGGGGGAGGUUCCCGGGCAUGGAGAGCGAGCAGGAGAAGGCGCUGGGAGGGACCAAGCCCGAGCUGCGAUACCUGCUGGAUAUGAUCGUUGGCAGCGAGAUUGUGAACGCCAUGCCAGCCACAUGGGUGAGGUACAUCGAUAGCUUGCCCCUGGUGGACGCGGAGGCAUACCUGCGCUCCCUGCCCUCGCCACUCCCGCACCCUCCAGCUCCUCAAGGAGUAGCAGCAGCACUCGCCGAUUCCAAUCGCCGGGCCUUCCUAGAAGUGCACAUCCAUCCACGCCAUGGGAUACAGUACGUGGGCGUGGCACAGGACCCGGGGGGUUCAGCGGGGCACCGAGUGCUGACCCAUGCGCGCAUCAUGAAGGUCCUCUUCCUGCUGCCGCUGCAACCCCACAAGGGCAAGGCCAAGCGCUGGUGCCAGCGGGUGUGCCAGAAGGGCAUCGUGGUGGGGCUCAGGCGAUUCAAGUACUUUGCGCACAAGACAGAUCGAUCGCCCAAGACAACGCACCUCCAUCCCAAGGCGUUCUUCCUGGCGCUUGACUCAGCAGCCUCUUGGGACCUUCAGCAGCCAGACACGUUUCGUCCGUACGGCUCUGCAUGGGAUGCGCGGGCAGUCUUUGGAAACUUUGACAGCUGCCCGAAUGUGCCGAAACUGGCGGCCCGCAUAGGGCUCAUCUUCUCCCGCACCUACCCCAUGCUUGAUGCGUCCACCAUCUCCCCGGACAUGCUCCAAAUAGCUGAUGACGAAACAUGUGAGGACGGCACCAAGUCCACGGACGGCAGUGGCAUGAUAGUGGCCAGCCUCGUUCCGCCUUUGCACAUAUCACGGGGAGAGAUCUUCCAGCCCGACAAGUUUAUUGAAAUCCAUAUCCUGCAGCAGCAGCAGCAGCAGCAGCAGCAGCAGCAGCAGCAGCAGCAACAGCAGCAACAACAACAACUGCAAGGUAACCAGCACCACCAGCAGCAGCAAGUGCACCAGCAGCAGCAGCAGCAGCAGCAGCAGCAACGACAGAGAUCUCGGGAGGAGGCCAGAGCAGUAGCAGCUGCAGCAGUGGCUGCAGCCGCAGCACAAGACUUACCCGAUUCGGAUUCAGAGGACGAGGCUGCAGCAGCAGCAGCAGCAGCAGCAGCAGCAGCAGCGGCGGCGGCGGCGGCGGCGGCGGCGGCAGUGGCGGCAGCAGCGGCACAAGACUUACCCGAUUCGGAUUCAGAGGAUGAGGCAGCAGCAGCAGCUGCACCACCAGCACUAGCAGCAGCAGCAGCGCCACCAGCAGCAGCGGUGGUUGCAGCAGCGGCACAAGACUUGGAGGAACCAGAGUGGGAGGAUGACUUUGACUGGGAUGCUGUGAAUGUGGCUGUGACGCAGAUUGAACAGGAACGGGGGCUGCUGGGGGGGGGUGCUGCUGCUGCCGCUGGCUGGGUUGAUAGAGAGGGGGAGGCGGGUUACGAGGAGGCGAGACCAGCGGUGUGGCAGAUGAGAGGGUUUCUGGGGGGGAUGGUGGUGAAGGGGACUCUGCUGGUCGUCAGACAGAUGCCCUGGUACGUCCAUCCCGGUGUCUGCAUCCUGCUGAGGAGCAGCAUGGUCAAAGUCACCGCUCCUCCCCUCCACACUACCCACCACGCACCCGUCUCUGUACCUAUAACCCCGGCGCAUCACCCUCUUCCCUCCUCUCCUUGGCCUCCGGGACCGACUCAUCUGCAGCAGCAGCAGCCGCCGCCUCUUGAAUCGCCAAGCGGCCCUCUCUUCUGCAUAGAAGUUAACGAAACCACCAAGGAGGUCCUGCCUGCACGUCUGAACCGCACGGUGAUAGCCCUGUUGGAACGGGGUGGCGUGCCGGCGAGGCUCUUUCUGGACCUCGUGCGCUCUGCUGCUGCUGCUGCCUGUGCGCCUGUUACGGACCUCAAGGCUGCUAUGAAACUGCUGCGGGAGAGCACGCGUGGGCACAGGAGGGUGCUGGACCCCAGAGACGUGCAGCUGGCGUGCCGCAUGCUGCUCUGCAACGUGGACCUGAAGGACGCCUUCAUCCAGCGCGUGCUGUGGCGCCUGCAGUACUCGCACAUCAAGGACCUGGCGAGUGGCAAGGUGGAGGUGCCGCACUGCUACUACCUCAUGGGCGUGGCAGACCCCUCACGCACGCUCGCGCCCAACGAGAUUGUGGUCCUCCUCCACGACGGGCCAGUGUCGGGCCCGUGCCUGGUCUACCGCCCGCCCUCCCUCCUCGUGAGCAACAUCCGGCGGCUCUCAGCCGUGCACUCCCCCGCCGUGCUCGCCCUGCUGCCGCGCUCCUCGCGCUUCUGCGUGGUCUUCUCCACUCGCGGGCCGCGGUCCAUCACUGACUGCAUGGGCGGAGGCGACCUGGAUGGGGACAGAUUUCUGGUCAUCAUGCACCCGCAGAUCGUGGGCGCCUUCCAAGAGCGGCCCCUGCCACCGCCCUGCUCCUCUGCCUCGGAAGCUCUCCCCCCACCCCCGGCCGACCCUCUUGUGCGGGAGAGAGCGCUUGUUCGCUGCUGGCUCGAGGGAGAGCUGUAUACACGAUUCCACAUGGGCAGGUUGGGCAACCUCCACCUCGCGCACAUGGACCGCUCCCCCCUGGGCCCUGACUCGCCCGAGUGCAAGCAGCUGGCGGUGCUGUAUGAGAUGGCGCUCGAUUCCUCCAAGACCGGCCAAGUGGUCGGGGGCUUUGACCGCUUUAAGCUCGAGAGCUACCCGCACUUCAUGCGGGGUGUGAAUCGCACCUGCUACCAUUCCACGUCGCUCAUGGGGCAGAUGUUCGACGCCGUGCAGGACGAGAGGAGAAAGCACGUCAUCGACACAGGCGCCUUCACGCCAGACCCUGACAUUGUCUUGCUGGCCUCAAAGGACCCCACCGGCCCUGCCAACCGGCUGAAGUGGGCGCAGCUAUUGCACGAGUACGAGGAGGAGGUGCGGGACGUGGUGCGGCAGAGAGCCACGCUGCUGGGGGGCGCUCGGCGAGCCAGGCUUUAUGCAAUUGAGAAGCCGUACCGCCAGGAGAAGCUGGAGAAGGGAUGGAAACCCUCCUUUGAGCACCCAAGCCGGCCACCGAACAUGCUGUAUGAAGCCGCAUCGCUGUACAUGGUGGGGUAUGAGCUCGCACAGAGAGACAUGGCGUUACGAGCAGAAAGAAGUGCAAACGGUGCUGCAGAAGGGGCAGGUCUUGGGACUGGUGGAGUGGGAGGAGGAGAUGUUGAGAUGGGGAUGAAUGGGAAUGGUGGUCGAGGGGGGGAGGACGAGUGGGGCGGUGCGGGAGGGGAUGAGGAGGAGGGUGAUGGAGAGAAUGAGGGAGAUAACGAGGUGAUGGAGUAUGAUGAGGAGGAUAUGGAGGACGAGGACUUGGCUGAUUGCACUAAUAGGGCAACUCUCGCAUGCCGGUUUGUCUGGCAUGUGGGUGAAGUUGUGCUAUGUGAGGCGAAGUCCCGGCUGUGUCUCUCAAAGCCGGAUGCUUUCUGUGGCUUAAAUGUGAACAGAAGUGGGCAUGGAGUGAGCAACAGGGACUGGAGUGGGGUUGGGGGGAGUGGUGGUGUUGCGAGUAUGGGGUGGGGUGUGGAGAAUGGAGGGUGUGAGGGUGUGCUAAUGGCUAUGGAGAAGGACGCGUUUGUUGAGAUAAUGGGUCUGAUGGAAAGGGGUGGUGCUAGCGCACUUUGAUGCAGGCUUGAUCAUGCAAUUGAAUUGUCUGAAGUUCACAUUUCUUUUAAUAAUCAUGUUAAUGCACA